GUCACAGACUGCGUCGCGUCGUUCGCCAACCAGGACCGUCGCUGUGUGAAGCCCGAAGCUCUCUCGCAUACGAACACUAAAUAGAAACAUAAACCCGAAGUGAUGGGGGAAUGACGACCAACUCCGUCUGCGGUUCUCCGUCAUCGAGAAGACCCCAAGGAUGCUGCUGCUCUCCAGCCCGCAGGACGGACGCCUGCGCCGGGCCUCGCUGCUGCUGCUCGCCGCGGUCCUCCUCUGCGUCGUCCCCGUCAGCGCCAGACUCCCAGAUGACAGUCAGUGCCCUCACCACAUAGACUGUGCUAAAGAUGGACGCCACUUCUGCAGACCUGGCUCCUCCCGAUGUGGCCCCUGCCUCUCCCCAUUGGAGGAGAACAAGGAAGGUCGCUGCGUGGUGAGGAAGAGGCAUCAUCAGAAAGGUAAAGUGGUAUUCUACCCCGACCUGGAUGAAGAGAUCGAUUACAUUCACUCCGUCAUUGAGAAACAGGAAGUGACAGAUAUCGAACCACCAAAACAAUCCAAACAUCCUGCGGCCAAAGCAGAUGUUACCAAAAGCAAGACAGAUGCCUCCAAACUCCAAGAGGCAAGCCAGGGCCGUCUCCUCACUCAGAGCCUCAACGCCACCACUCCAGCCCCUGCGGUUUCUGCCCUCCCCAACACACCAACCCCCCAGCCCAGGGCCACUGGAGUUCGGGGCCGAGGUGGUCCUAUCGCCGUGCCGGCAUCCAAAAGUGACAACAUUCUAGUCAUUAUGAUCUCGGUGUGUGUGGUGCUGGGCACCGUGGCAGUGAUCCUGGCAACCGUCUGCUACGUCAAGUUGCAGAAAGACGUGCGUCUGGCCCAGAAGGUGGACUACCCGGCUUUCAAAGGGGCCGGCCUACCCUCUGCCACCACAAACGUUCCCUCUAUGGGAGACAAGAACCUGGCCCAAAACGCUCAAAUGUAUCACUACCAACAUCAAAAACAGCAAAUGCUCUCGAUGGGAAAAAACAAACCUGAACAGAAAGUCCUCGACUCCGAGGUCACAUCAGAUGAGGAGGAAGUGGGCGGAGACUUCACUGUAUACGAGUGCCCCGGACUUGCACCGACUGGAGAGAUGGAAGUGAAGAACCCGCUGUUUGAUGACUCGACUUUACAUUAUCAGGGGAAUCACAAGUAAAUUUUGGACACUUCACGCACACACAUUUACACACAGGUAUACACUUCUCUGGUGGAAAUCACUUGAUCUCACAUUGCAUGCAUAUAGAAAUGGAGGAUCCUGGCAGAGGUGAUACAAAAUGAUUGUUUUCUUGUUGCCCCUUGACUAUAUCUGCCCACCCCAGAACGGCUUUUACUUCAAAUGUAUGUUGGAUUCUUUCAUUUAUUUCUGACACUGAUUUUGUCAUUCCUGUCUUUUUACACAAUGUUAUCAGAGUCCUCCCAGAUAUGUCCCUGUCGGUGUUUUGUGUCCGAGUUGAGAUUGUUCCUCCACCAUUGUUACUUUCCUUAAUUUCUGCAGCUAUUUCCAAAGAAUGUGAUCCAAUAGCAGACGUGUACAGCAGACUGACACACCAACACACAUACAUAAGCUGGGAAACAGGUGCCGUCUCCUCGUUUUGUCAUGCAUAGCUAGCGUCUCAACCACAUUCCUGACAGAUCAGAUCUCUGUGAUACCUCUGUAAAAACUCCCGAGCACAACACCAGGUUGUUACUGUCGGUGUUGCCUAUUUUAUUCCUUGUCAUAUAAGCUGCACAUAAAUAUUUUAAGAUUAUAGAAUAUAAAUAUAUAUAUGGAAAUGAAGUACUUGAUGAUGUCUGUUUGCAUGGUUUGAUUUACUGUGUUUGAAUAAUGGCAAUGCUUUACUCUGCCUCCUGUAUGUAUGCAUCUUGUUGCUGGAGGAGGAACCUACAGUAAAAGUGGAUUAUGAGCACUUGAAUAAAAUGUUGGUGAUUGACUAUACUGUAGGUGGUAAAUAUCACUAUCUUGUAUCGUCUCUUUUUCCUCUCUGUCUUCUUGUCGGGCCCAAGUUAUCUUCUUGCUGCAAAAUGUACAUACAAAGAGUGAAUGUGUUCACUUUUUAUAGAUAUUUGUACAUGCAGACCAAGGAUUGGAAUUAAAGUUUUUACCACAUGUGCAAAGUA